GCCGUGGGAGGCUCACGUCACUGCUCACUGCACUUAUAUCCUGAAUCAGGCUGAGAGGCUUCACUGCAAACACAGGAACGGUCACCUCCAGGUCUGGAGGGUUGGGUUCCCUUCAGACUUGCCAUGGGACCCAGCAGACGCAUCUGGGAAGGCUGGUCCCUGGAGAGUGAGGCCCUGCUGCCAGAGUGGAGCACCUGGCUCCUGAUCUGCACCUGCGUCGGCACCUGGGUUGGGCCCGGAGCCUCUGUCCACGGGGAAGGAGGAGGGCUCGAGGCUGGAUCUUUCACCUGCCUCAACAACAACGUCCUAAGGAUUGACUGCCACUGGUCUGCCCCAGAGCUGGGUCAGGGCCCCAGUCCCUGGCUCCUCUUUACCAGCAACCACGUGCUGGGCAGCAAGCAUAGAUGCGUCUUCCGGGCCAGCAAGUGCACUGUGGUGCUGCCGCCCGAGGAAGUGCUCGUGCCUUCCGACAACUUCACCAUCACUUUCCACCGUUACGUGUCUGGGAAGGAGCAGGUCAGCCUGGUGGACCCACAGUACCUGCCCCGGAGACACGUGAAGUUGGACCCUCCCUUGGACUUACAGAGCAAUGUCAGCUCUGGAUCCUGUGUCCUGACUUGGGGCGUCAGUCUUGCCUUGGAGCCUCUGGCCGCCAUCCUCAGCUACGAGCUGGCCUUCAAGAAACAGGAGGAGGCCUGGGAGCAGGCCCGGCACAGGGAUCACAUUGUCGGGGUGACCCGCCUCACCCUUGAAGCUGUCGAACUGGACCCUGGCUCCAGCUAUGAGGCCAGGCUGCGUGUCCAGAUGGCCACACUGAAGGAGGAGAUGGGGCAGGAGCAGCACUAUGAGGGCCAGUGGAGCGAAUGGAGCCAGUCUGUGUGCUUCCCAUCUCCUCAGAGCCCUGCCCAAGGUUCUCACCUGUUCUUGCUUCGGGGACAGCCCGACAGCAGCACCCUUGUUGCUGUGCCCGUCUUUCUGCUGCUGACCAGCCUGACCUACCUCGUCGUGUUCAAGCUUUCACCCAGGAUGAAGAGAAGCUUCUACCGGGAAGUACCCUCUCCGGCGCCCUUCUUCCAGGCCCUCUACAGCGUGCACUGCGGGGACUUCCAGACCUGGAUCAGGGCUCACAGAACUGGCCUGCUGCCGAACCCGGACCCUGUCGGUCCCCCACAAGGAGCCUCGGAGUCCAGCGACCAGGAGGCCAUUGCGUGGCUGACCUAUGACCCAGUGGAUCCCUGGCAGUCAGUGGUCCCAGAGGACGAGGAGGAGGGCCCUGGCGCCGGCCUCCCAGAGGCUGUGCUGAAAGCAGGGCAUGUGCUACAGGGAGGGCAGCCGCCUGCCUAUCUGCCGCAGGAGGACUGGGUCCCUGCGAGCGCCCCCAGGCCAGCUCCCCCACAGUCAGAGGGCAGCAGUGGUGACUACUGUGCCCUGGGCUGCUCUGGGGGCUGCCACCCCUUUACCUUCCCAGGAAGCACUUGGAGCUCUGGGCCCAGCCCGGUUUUGGCCCACGGCCUUUCUGGUGACCAGCAGAGCCUGGAUGCCUGGCGAGGAAGUACCUGUGUGGGAGUCGGUCACGGUGAGAGGCAAGACCCUGCUGAACGGGUCGCAUGAGGACCUCAGGGUGUUGGCCUCGCUCCUACCCUCUGCAGUCACCGGGGUUGAUCUAGAGCCCGGACUUGGCCAGCUGCAUGAUGUCCAUUUUGCGGAAAAUGGACCAAAGUCUCUCUGAGAACGGAGCCCCUGCACAGACAUCCUGUCCGGACGGAGGCCAGCGGGUGACCCCCACCUCCCUCCCCUCCCCUCCCCUCAGCAUCCUGCCACUCAGCACCCCCUCCCCGGCCACCACUUCCCUCCCUGCUAUCUGGCUUCACUCGGACCCCUCAGAAAAGAAGGGUGUGGGCCCACAGCCUGUUCUGCCCUCACCUCUUUAAAGGGUCCACCUGCACCCAGCAGAUGCAGAGGAGGUGCUAUGACUUCUUUCUGUGCCUUCCUGAGGUCCCUCUCCUCCUGAGAUUAAAAGGGGUCCAGUGGGUCUUUCAAACCGCUGCUGGCUGGGAGAGGGGCCGGAGAAGUGCGAGGGGAUGGGGCCAGUCUAUUCUCGGGCUCUCUGGGGUUGGAGGUGCUGAGGUUUUACAGGUAGGGUCAAGUGGAGGAGGAGGUGCCAGUCCCUGGGGCUCUGGUGACCCCUGUGGUCCACGCAGGAGAAAGCACUUGCAGCCCCAGGCUCCCAAAGGCACAGGCCCCCCUGCCUCAGACAGGCUUCCCCCUCCCCUCUGCAUGCCACUGGCGCCCCCGGGGUUUGUGGGGAGCCUCAGAGGAGCCAGAUUGUGGUCAGCAGCGGGGAAGCAGGACCCAGAAUGUAUUUUUAGCUUGUAGAGAGCGGGAAGGGUGUGGACGGAAGUGAGGUGCAGGCAUCUUUAGUUCUAACCAAGGAUAAAAAAAAAUAGCUUGAAUCCACUUCCUGGAGCCGACCCCUGGGGAGCGCUGGCCCGGUAUCAGAGCAGCAUCUGUGUGGCCCCCGUGGCUUCCCAGGGAACCUGCAUGUGACGAGUGACCCCCACAGCUGGGACGCCUCCUCUGCGCGGCCGGAGACACUGUUUCUGUGGAUCACAUUUUCUCUCAGUGACACGCAGAGACCCAGCUUUGGGCUGGAGCUUGAGCAUGCAGCCCCUUGGAGGCUGCGUGACCUGCCCCUUCGGCCACAUUGCUCUUAGUUCCCCUGAGCGAGUCGCCUGCGCACCUCUGUGCCCAGAAAACUCUGGCUUCCCUCUUUGGAGAUGAGAUGACCCUUGGACACUGUGGCCCCGAGGUCCAGUUCACAGCAGAGCCAGGUUGGGAGACCUUGGGAGGAGGAAGUCGUUGAGCACCGGGUUCUGAAGGAGUCGGAGGGCCAGGGGCCGGAGCUCCAGUCCUGAGCUGCUGAUUCCAGGGGGUUGGGUGCGCGGCGCCGCUGGAGCUCGAGGGCCCCACAUGGGGCUGGCUGGACCGUGGAAGGCCCGGAAGGCCAGACUGAGGGCAGCGAGGGCAGGGGACUCUCCCUGACGCGGGAGGAUAUGCAAUGGUUUCUCUUGGUUUGUUUGUUUUUAAGAUUUUUUUUUUGUUUGAAUUUUUAAGCCAUCUCUACACCCAACGUGGGGGCUGAACCCACAUCCCUAAGAUCAAGACUUGCAUGCUCCACCGACAGCCAGUCGGGCGCCCCGCUUUCUUGGUUUCCAGUGUGGUGAAAUCCACAUAGUCCAACCCUCUUUCAACGUGUGCAGUUUGGUGACAUUCAGUACAUGCUGAUGUCUGACGUCGUCACUCCCACAGGAAAACCCCUGCUCGUGAAGCGGUCGCUCCCCCACCCCACCCCCCCGGGCUCUCUGGAGCCCCUUGCCUGCUCCCCGUCUCCAUGGAUCGCCUCUUCUGGGCAUUUUGUAGAAAUGGAGUUACAGGGUGCGUGACUUGCCCUACGGCCUUAUUCUUCAGUGUAGUGUUUUCGAGGUUCGCCCACUUCGCGGCAUCAGUGGCCUCACCCUUACUGUGACCCUUGCGCUGUUACCAGGUUUUCCUUGUUGCAAGCAGCACUGCUAUGAACAUUCAUGGAAAAGUUUUUUUGGUACCUGUUUUCUCUGUUUCUGUGUGUAUUCCUAGGAACGGAAUUGCUAGAUCACAUGGUAUGAUCAUAUCUAUGUUUAGAAUUUUUGAGGAACUGCCAAACUGUUCUCCACAGUGACUUCAGCAUUUUACAUCAAUGGUGUACUCGGGUUACAAUUUCUCCACAUCCUCACCAACUGUUGUUAGUGUCCUUUAAAAAAAUAUAUUUUUUAAGCUUCUUAAUUUAAAUAAUCUCUGCAUCCAAUGUGGGGCUUGACUCACGACCCUGAGAUCGAGAGUCCCAUGCUUGGGGUGCUUGGGUGGCACAUUCGAUUUUAAGUGUCCGACUCUUGGUUUCUGUUCAGGUCAUGAUCUCGGGGUCACACGAUCGAGCCCCGUGUAGGACUCAGCACUCGGUAUGGCAUCUGUUUGGGAUUCUCUCUCCCUCUCCCUCUGCUCCUCUCGGUCAUUCUAACUCUCUCUAAAAUAAAUAACUAAAUCCUAAAAAAACAAAACAAAACAAAACAAAACAAAACAAAAAACAGUCACAUGCUAUUCCAACUAAGCCAGCCAGGCAUCCCUUAAAUCACUGUUCUGGGUAUAAAGUGGUACCUCAGUGUGAUUUUGAUUUACAUUUUCCUGAUGGUUGGUGAUGUUGAACAUCUUUUCAUGUGCUUCUUGUGUGUCUUCUUUGGAGAAAAUCCUGUUCAAGUCCUUUGCCUUUUUUUAAAUUGGGUUGCUUGUCCUUGUGCUGUUGAGCUGUAGGAGCUCUUUAUAUAUUCUGAUACCAAAGUCAUAUCAGAUAUUCCAUUUCCAAACAUUUUCUUAAAUUCUGCAUGUUAUUUGGUGCCAUAUACAAUAAACCAUGGCCUAAUCCAAACCCAACAAACACAUGAAAAGAUGCUUAACAUCCUUAGACAUCAGGGAAAUGAAAAUGAAAACCACACUGAGAUGCCACUUCACACUCAGGGGAUGGCUGUCAUCUAAAAAAUGGAAGUUAGUUUUAGCAAGGAUGUGAAGAAAUUGAAAUUCUCAUGCCCUGUGGAUGGAGUUGAGAAACAAUACUGGUGAGGGGUACAUAUCAAUGUGAAUAUUCACUUAAAAAUGUUGAAAAUGGGAUGCCUGGGUGGCUAAGUUGUUGAGCGACUGUCUGCCUUUGGCUCAGGGUGUGACCCCAGGUUCCUGGGAUUGAGCCCCAUAUUGG